AUGGGCACCGAAGGCUCCCUCGUCCACCUCAGUGACGGAGCUCGCUUAUACGUCAAAAUACUGGGCGACAAUGACAGGUCCAAACAGCUAGUGGUAGCCCUACACGGCGGACCUGGUGUGUCUGGCCAUCAAGAAACAGAGGCCUCAUUUCAAUUUCUGUCAUCGCGGUUUCGAGUUCUGGUAUACGAUGCGCGAGGCAGUGGGCGCAGCGAUCCCAAGGGGCCUUACACCCACGACCGUUGGGCUGCAGACAUAGACGAACUGAGAAUCUGGGCAGGCUCAGAACCCAUCAUCCUGGCUGGAGGCUCAUAUGGCGGAUAUGUUGCCCUGGAGUAUGCCAUCAAGUACCCCUCCCAUGUAUCAGCUCUUAUUCUUCGAGACACGUCGACUUUCGGCCUCAAAAGCACCAUGUACUGUCUCAAAUCAUCUCUCACAUCCCCCCGAAUGAAAGUCGAUGCAGACCGUCAAUACAGAACCUGGGCAGGCUGUUUGAGAAACAACGAUGACCUCCAGGCUAGUUUCAACGAAAUCCUUCCCAUUUUCGCAUCAGAGAAGACGGGCAGCGAGCCUGCGCCGAUAGCGUCCGACUCAGGCCAGUUGAGAUUGCAUUAUGAGACGCACAACUUCGCCAUGAGCUACAAUAUGCCGCGGUUUGAUGUACGUCCGAGGCUAGGUGACAUUUCUGCACCGACCUUGAUCGUGGUCGGACGACAUGAUCUCGUUGCGCCCGUGCAGUUUAGCGAGGAAAUGCACAAUUUGAUGCCAAACUCCCAGUUGGCCGUCUUUGAGAAAUCCGGCCAUAAUCCGACUGCAGAGGAACCGGACGCUUUCCAGCACAGAGUGACUCAAUUUUUGGACCAUUUUAGGCUAUGA